AUGUCUGCUUUGGGCAUUUACACAAAUAUUCUAUCAGAUAUAAAAAACUGGAUGUACGAAUUUACAUCUGUUACUACUAAAAGCUCAAAUCCUGAUUUAUUAAAUGUAAACUUAAGUGUGGAACGUAUUAAACGCGGUGUGUUCGCCUUGUCCGGAGAGUUCUACCUAAAUAUUGAUAUGGUAGAGGGAGAUGGCAAUGAGUUGGAAUUAACCUCAUUUCGUAGUGCAAACGGCGAUGGCGACUAUAAAAGUUUACCCUUAGAAAUGUCACGCCGUCAUUUCUACGAUGCUCUUAAUACACAUUACAAAAAUGUCGUUAUGGAUACGUUUAAGGAUUGUUCAGAUUUGCCAUUUUUUGAGGAUGAGUUUCCAGCACCUCUAGAAAAGAAAACCUAUACUUUGGAUAAAUGUCAGUUUUCACAGGAGGGCAUGCCUAAUCAUUUAGAAUCCGGUCAAUACAAGAUUAUCUUAUCGGGUUAUGGUGAAGUGGAGUGGGAAGUUGAGGUUAUUGUUGAAGUGGAACCCAAUAUGGAAUGA